GUGUAUUAUUGAGUAAUACCAUUGUAACAUGUACGUUGUAGUAAAUCAUUUCUGUACAAUAAUGUGCUACAGGAGGCACUGUAAGACGGCGUGUUGUUCUAGUUGUCUGAUUGGUCUGCUGUGUGUGUCACUCAGGGCAAGAACGUGACGAUUGGUCAGAUGGGUUGGUUCCCCUGCAGUAAGGUCCAGCCCUUCAUCUCUAGACCAACUCCCGACCUAUCCGACUUCCUAUGGUUUGCGGGGAACAUGGACCGGUCAGCGGCGAAGAACCUCCUGAUUUCACGGUCGGACGGAACGUUUCUGGUCCGCCAGAAAGACGGAGGAGAGUUCGCAAUCAGCCUCAAGUUUAACAUGGACAUCAGACACAUCAAGAUCACGUCAACAGAAGGCCUCUACCGCAUCAACGAGAAGAAAGCAUUCAAAGGGUUAAUCGAGAUGGUUCAGUUCUACCAGCAACAUUCAUUGAAGGAGUAUUUUAAGGAUGUGGACACCACCCUCCAGACCCCCUUCAACCAGCCUGAACAGAGUGGUACACCCUUCAACACACCCUCCCCAGGUGGCAGUAUGCGUUCGUUCGGCACAGCGAGGCCAGGUAUGACUUCUCAGCCAGAGCCGUACAGAGUUGUCUCUGAGAGAAGGAGACACAGUCAAGGUCCUGUCUAAGAAAGCUCACAAUGGAUGGUGGAAA